UAACACAUCUUCAGUGUCUGUUACAUGGCUAAAACAGAAAGCUCGCUAACUAUUAUGACUGAAGAACUAAACGAAGAGGUUUUAGACAGUCUUUCAGAAAUCGAAAAACUGUAUACGGUAUUUAAUGGAGCGUCACAAGAAGAUGUGGCAUAUGCGAAAGUUUUCUGGAACUCCCUUUCCUUACAGCCUCCAAUAGAGUCUCGUCUCGUUUCUGCUGACAUCAGGCAGCGGUUAAAAGUUGCGAAGACCCCGCACUCCACAAAUGCUGGUGCAAACCAAGCGUCAUGGUCAAAGAGGGAUGAUGAAAUCCAGCAGGAUGUUUAUUUGAAGCAAAAACAAGAGGAGAGACAGAAAUACUUGGAGAUGGCCAAGAAACGUGACCAGAUUAUUGCCCUUCUGAAAAAGCAGAGGGCUGAGCGAAUUAAGAAGGAGAUGAUUUCCUACCAACACAAACCAAGAAAAGGCAACCCAGUAGAAAAAAGAUUGGCUCUAAAUACACUUUCAUCACCUGUGGAUGAGGACCAGAAAGAAGUUCUGAAGCUCCAGUAAACAUAUUGAUGAAAUUUAAGACUCCAUGAAGAAAAUGUCUUUUACCAUAGUAGACAAAUGUUCAAGAUGUUUAGGCUACUUGUACCAUAGCAGGCCUAUGUCUAUGCUACAUCAUAAAAAU